UCUCAGAGAUUUGCAGAGUAUUAUAAACAUUCACUUUUAAACAAAUACAUGCAGCAAUGGAAAAAUAAAUGCACCAAAGUUUCUAUAUUAUAUGAUGUUUAACACACGUUUGCAGAGACGUUCAAAACAGUAAACGAUCUUCUCUAUUGGUAAUCAUAAACCUGCAGAAACUUCUGGAAUUUUUGUUUUGUUUCUACAGUUUUCGAGCAUCGAAUUCAUGUUUAUAAAUGUCGCCAAUAUUCUCAUCAUCCUAAACUAAGACUUGUUUAAACACGAACAGGAAUAACUCCAGGUGUUUCAACUGAGAUCUGCGGGAUAAAACAUUGUAAAAUGAUGUUUAUUAAAGAAGAGAGUGAGGACAUGAGUUAUCCAGAAUCAUGCAGUUCAAAUGUCAUGAAAAAUGAAGAUACUGAGGAACAAAGAGAGCUGAUGGAUGCGAUGGAGGAAAGUCCCCAACUGAAUGAAGUGGAUGAGAAACCCCAUCGGGAUCAGACACCUUAUAGUUUCAAAAUGGAACAAAAGUCUUUUAAUGACUCACAGACUGAAAGUAAUUUUUCACAAAAAAGAGCUCGAAGAACAAGAGCCAAAAAAUCUUUCUCCUGCCAUCAGUGUGGGAAUACAUUUACACGUAAAGGAAGUCUUCAUAAUCACAUGAGAAUUCACACUGGCGAGAAGCCUUUCACAUGCCAACAGUGUGGGAAGAGUUUCAGACUGGCACAUAGUCUCAAAAGCCAUUUGUCAUUUCACUCUGGAGAAAAGUCAUAUAGCUGUGAUCAGUGUGGCAAAACAUUUUCUUCAAGAUCAGUCUUAAGAACACACCUGAAAAGUCAUGCAAAUGAGAAGCCUUACUUGUGUUCUCUUUGUGGAAAGAGUUUUUCAUAUCUGCACAGUUUAAAAGACCAUCAGAGAAAACACACUGGUGUGAGAGAUCAUGUGUGCUCUGAAUGUGGGAAAGCCUUUCACAAAGUUUACGACUUGGAACGCCACAAAAGAAUCCAUACUGUACAAAAACCUUACAAGUGUUCAUUUUGUGAAAAGAGUUUCACUAUUUCAGAAAACCUGAAAAAACAUGAGAGGGUGCAUACUGGAGAGAAGCCGUACCACUGCACCUCAUGUGGGAAGAGUUUCACUAGUUCAGGAAACCUGACAAAACAUGAUAGAAUGCAUACUGGAGAGAAACCAUACCACUGCAAUUUAUGUGGAAAGAGUUUCACUAGUUCAGGAAGUCUGAAAAAACAUGAGGUGGUGCAUACUGGAGAGAAGCCGUACCACUGCACUUCAUGUGGGAAGAGUUUCAUUAGGUUAGGAAACCUGAAAGCACACAUGAUAAUACAUACAAGAGAGAGGCCGUACCACUGCACUUCAUGUGGAAAGAGUUUCUUUAGGUCAGGAAACCUGAAAGAACAUGAGAGAUUGCAUUCUGGAAAGAGGCCUUACCAAUGCACUUCAUGUGGGAAGAGUUUCUUUACGUCAGGAAACUUGAAAGAACAUGAGCGAGUACAUACUGGAGAGAAGCCAUACCACUGCAAAUCAUGUAAGAAGAGUUUCAGCCACUCAAGCUCUCUACUGACUCAUAGAAAAAAUAAUUGUUCAGGGUUGUCACAGUGAG